UUUGUCGCGAUCACAUCGAAGCAUUCGUAAAACUACAGAUAAUGCCGCACAUGGCCGAACGAUGUUGUUCGGAGUUCAUCAAGAUUGCGUCAUCAUAUGAUUAGCACCGUUUCUGCUAAAGCUGCAGCAUUUUAUCCGUGCGUUCUCUUGUGCGUUGCAUCGUUGCGACCGUCAAAAAUAUUCACACAUUAUUCGAGCACGUAUUAAUCCGUGAAUUGUCUCAUAACAAAAGUAACGGCGAUAAAUCAAACAUGAGGAUCGCGGUAAUUGGAGGAGGUAUUGUUGGAUUAACCACAUCUCUUAAAUUACGCGAAGAAUUACGAAAUUCCAAUAUCACAAUCUUCGCCGAUAGCUUCGACGAUACCACUAGCCAUGUAGCUGCUGGCUUAUUUCGAAUUGGAAAUUCAUUCUCUGGACCGACCGAAGAGUUGACCAGUCUUCUUUCCAUGAUUUCAAUUUUUAGAAAAUGGGUGAAGGACGCUUACGAAUAUUACGACGAUAUACGGAAAAGCUCUGAAGCGGGCAUUGCUGGUGUCGCAGAAAUAUCUGGUUACUAUUUUGCCAAAAGUGAUCCACGCUUAGCCGAGAAUCGUUGGUUCCCAAGCUUGGUCCCUGUGUACAGAAAAGUACAAAAAGCUGAAUUGGAUUUAGUAGGAAACGAAUGGAAUCAUGGAACGUAUUUUACCACACUGCUCACUGAUCCUACGUUGUUUUUGCCAUGGGGCAGAUCCAAGUUGCAAGAAAAUGAUGUUAAACUCCUCCGGAAACGAAUAAAUAGUUUCGCAGAAAUAGCAUCCGAUUUUGAUGUGAUAAUGAACUGCUCAGGAUUAGGAGCUCGCUAUUUGUGCAACGACAGACGUUUAGUACCAAUUCGAGGAGUAAUAGCCAAGGUAAAGGCUCCAUGGAUAAAAACAGCAUUUUUUGGUGAAUCAGAUACGUACAUUAUACCAGGAUUUAAUGGAACUUGCACCCUUGGUGGCGUGAGAACUUUUGAAUCUGACAAGCUGAAUAUUUGCCCAUACGAAGCAACGGCGCUACGAGAAAGGUGUAACGGUUUGGUACCUUCGCUCGCGAAAGCCAAGACCAUAAAACAUCUAGCAGGUCUCAGACCGCAUAGGGAGACUGUGCGUGUGGAACCAGAAAUUAUUGGAAAGACGAGGGUCAUCCAUAAUUAUGGACAUGGUGCUUAUGGAGUAUGUACCGCACCAGGUACUGCAAGUUACGCCGUUCAACUGGUGAAAGACGUUCACAGAUCCACGUCACAACUUUAAGCAUAAUGAUCGUCAUUCUUAUUAUUUUUGAUUGCCACAUCGUACUAUUACCAUGCGAUCGGACAAGUUGCGAAAAGUCAGAGUUAUAAAGUUGUAAGUUGCAAAAUAAAAGUGCCAGCCUAGGGCGCCAUGUC